AGGGGAGGGAGUACUGGCUCGAACCCCUGACACUUUCCUCUUCUCCUCAUGGGAACUCCAGAGACUUCUCGAGAGCCCUGCCCCGAUCGUAUUCUCGAUGACAUCGGCGGCGCUUUCGGCAUGGGAGCCGUUGGCGGUUCUGCCUUUCACUUUCUCAAAGGACUCUAUAACUCUCCCAAGGGAUCGCGGCUCAUCGGCGGCUCCCAAGCCGUUCGCCUCAACGCGCCGCGUGUUGGAGGCAGCUUCGCUGUCUGGGGUGGUUUAUUCUCCACUUUUGACUGCACGAUGGUCUAUCUUCGUCAAAAGGAGGACCCCUGGAAUUCCAUUAUCGCCGGUGCUGCCACCGGUGGCUUCCUCUGCAUGAGGCAGGGUCUUGGGGCUUCUGCUCGCUCGGCUGCUUUCGGCGGCGUCUUGUUGGCCUUGAUUGAAGGAGCUGGGAUCAUGCUUAACAAGUUCCUCAGCGCACAGCAACAGAUGCCUAUAAUGAUUGAAGAGCCCAUGCCUGAGUACCCUAACCCCUCCAGUAAUAGAUUGCCGGUGCCAACCGUACCACAAGAGAUGACGUCGUCGACUGUACCUUCGGAUUCGGGUUCGAAAAGUAAAUCAUGGUUCGGGGGUUUAUCGGGUGGAGGCAAUAAGGACGAACACAGCACGAGCGGGGGAAGCGAGACCAAGGUUUUGGAGAGUUUUGAUGCUCCGCCAGUCCCGAAUUUUGAAUACAAGUGAGCUGGGGUUUGAGGCGGUGUUCGUGUAUUAUGGGUACUUAGUAUGGAUAAAGGAAGGAUUUUCAAUGGCAAAGGUCUUUAAUAUGUCGUUUGGACGUUCGAGUUGAACCAAGCUUAACGAUUGAUUAUCACGAAUCAGACCCUAUAUUCUUUUUCAGCGGUCAUGUUUUCUGACUUCAAGUUCUUGUGGUAUAUGACAUAGUGAUAGUAUUGCAAAAUAAUGCUCUUCAUUAAGAUUCCGGUCCGUUCGAUCGAAAUACAACUAUUUCACAGCUAUAUUUGAUUCUUAAUGAUUGUUAUUGUCAAUCCCCAUAUCGUCCUGAGUAAUCCAAUCUUGCAGGUUUUUAUAAGUUUUACUCGAUA